UGGGCGGCAGCUGACAAGACCGGCAGUUCGGGUGAGGUUGGACCGGGCGCAGCCGGAUCAUUUCCCCACACAGCGGCACGAACACCGGCUGGAACGCCUCACUUAACGCCCGCGGCCCCCCAAGAGUGCCCAGACGACUACCCACAAAGCAAUGCACAGCUCAAUAUCUCUAGCGGAUGAGCGAACUCCCUGACUGCCCCAGCUUACUCUCGGCUGGAAAUGUUGACGAGAGCUCUUCCACGUCCCCUGCGCACACCAAGCCGUGUCGCUACGGGCGCCACCCUCUGGUCCCCGAUCAGGACAUGGCGUGAAGACGGCCGACAGUUUGUUUGCCGACAACAACGACGUGAUGCAUCGACUGAGAAGAAGAAGAAGACCCGGCCCGGGACGGCCAUAUUCUUUCCGGGCCAAGGCGUCCAGCGAGUCGGCAUGCUCACCCCCUGGCUCGAGGCCUUCCCCCGGACCGCGAACGAGAUAGUCGACGAGAUCGACCACAUAAUGGGCUACAAGCUCUCCGACAUCAUCCAGUCGGGCCCGUCGCGCGUCCUGACGGCGACGCCCAACGCCCAGCCGGCCAUCAUGGCGACGUCGAUCCUGAUCCUGCGCGUCCUCGAGCGCGAGUUCGGCUUCGACGCCGCCGAGCGCGCCGACUUCGCGCUGGGCCACUCCCUCGGCGAGUUCGCCGCCCUCGUCGCCGCCGGCUGCAUCGCCCUCGAGGACAGCCUGUACAUGGUCCGCCGGCGCGCCGAGGUCAUGGCCGAGGCCACCCGCCGCGCCGAGCGCGAGUACGGCGGCGAGUACGGCAUGGUCGCCGUCGUCACCGAGCCGGACCGCCUCGCCGGCCUCAUCGACGCCAUCCACGACUUCAUCGGCCACAGCGGCUCCCCUCCCGGCGUCGAGGAGGUCGGCACCGUGGGCUCGGGCGGGUCCGCCGCCGCCGCCGCCGCCCGGGGGGGCGACUGCAGCCCGAUCGACCAAGUCCUGAUCGCCAACGUCAACAGCAAGAACCAGAUCGUGCUGUCGGGCAACAUCGAGCGCAUCAAGACGCUGAUCGCCCACGUCCGCCAGUUCCUGGGUCACGACCCGCGCGCCGUCCGCCUCAAGGCCGACAGCCCCUUCCACAGCCCCAUAAUGCGGCCGGCCGUCGACGUGAUGCGUUCCAUUCUCUCGGGGCCCAGCCGCGUGCCCGGCAGGUCCAGCGUCGUCACCUUCCCCGGCCGGAUCCCCUGCGUCGUCAGCAACGUCAGCGCGCGGCCCUUUGAGAGCAAGGCCGACCUCGAGGACCUGCUCGCCCGCCAGUGCCUCGAGACGGUGCGCUGGUGGGACAGCAUCCGCUACCUCGACCAGGAGCGGCGCGUGCGCAGGUGGGUCGGCAUCGGGCCGGGCAAGGUCGGCCGCAACCUCGUCGGCAAGGAGGUCGGCAUGCGCGGGAGGGACGUCGUCAAGGGGGGCGGCGUCUGGGCCAUCACGGACCCGGCCGAGAUAGAGGAGGUCCUCAGGGCGCUCGAGGAGACUGAGGAGAUUGAGGAUGAGGAGUGAGGAGCGGGAGCGGUCCUCAUAAUCUACUGGCCUGCCCGGCUUAUCUAUAUUUUUUAUCUUUUUAUCUUUAGGACGGACUCGGGCAUUUUCGAGCGCGGGAAUUGGAUCUGAGCCCGCAAGGCGUUAUGGUGGAGAGAGACUGGGCUGCUGGAUGUCCUUCUACACAUAUUGGUAUAUGUUGGUAGUCUAAUCAAAGUUCUUGUCUUGAUCACAAUGCACCCUUUCAUCCUACCUCUGUCUCCCGGUGAUGUGGGCAGGCAGGGAAAUCGGUGAGCUUAUGAUUCAAAUAAUUCUUAAUACUUCUCAUUUCGAGCUG